AUGGUAUUCCACAUUGCUCUCCUCAAGAUGCCUUUGUACUCGGACAUCACGGGGCGCAUGGUCGUAUAUUGGUUCGCCAACAUCGGUGUACGUGAUGAUUCUGAAUUGUAUCGAGCUUCCAGAGCUAACAUGGGUGCGACAGNNAUGGGUGCGGGCCCACUGAUUCUGAGUUGGAUCAACGAGAUAUGCUCGGCCGACACGGAGAAACGUGCUCUUCUGGUCGCAAUGGCGAACGAUCUGGCCUAUGUCGUGCAAGCCGUCGCGCCGAACUUGGUGUGGAAGACGACGGAGUUUCCAGCCGCCCACAAGGGAUACACGUGGGUCGCGGUACUGCAGNGGUCUGCU